GGCGGCAGCAGCAGCGGCAUACCAGGGAGACCACAGCCCACGCUCACUGUCCAUGGAGAGGACGCAGGGCUUCUUCGCGGCGCUGAAGCAGGAGGUGGCGCGCGGGCUGUCGCCGGCGAGGGCGCGCCGGAGGUCCGAGUCGGCCGACCUCGACGCCGCCGCGCUCCGGUUCUCCGGCCCGGGGGAGAUGCUCGCGCCGCUCAUGGAGGGCCCCGAUCCGGAGUCCGGCGACGGCGACGGCCGCGCCGCCGGCGGCGCCAGGAGGGAGGGCUGGGGCCGCUGGGUGCGCGGCCAGCUCGCGCGCACGCCCUCCUCGGUCGCCGCCGCGGCGGCCGGCGCCGGCGCCGCCCGCAACGACCUCCGCCUCCUCCUCGGCGUCAUGGGCGCGCCGCUCGCGCCCGUGCACGUCUGCGCCGCCGAGCCGCUCCCGCACCUCAGCAUUAAGGACACCCCCAUCGAGACCUCGUCGGCGCAGUACAUUCUGCAGCAGUACCUGGCGGCCUCUGGUGGGCACAGGCUCCUCGCCUCCGUGCGCAACUCCUACGCCAUGGGCAAGGUGCGCAUGGUGGCCACCGAGUUUGAGAACGCCGGCCGCCUAGUCAAGAACCGCAAUGCGGCUCGCUGCGCCGAGCCAGGCCGCUUCGUGCUGUGGCAGAUGGCUCCUGAGAAGUGGUACAUCGAGCUGGCUGUCGGUGGGAGCAAGGUGCAUGCCGGCUGCAAUGGCAAGCUUGUGUGGCGCCAUACCCCGUGGCUCGGCUCCCAUGCCGCCAAAGGCCCUGUUCGCCCCCUCCGCCGUGCUCUGCAGGGCCUGGAUCCACUCACUGCAGCGAGCAUGUUUGCCGGUGCACGGUGCAUUGGGGAGAGGAAGGUGAACGGGGAGGAUUGCUUCAUCCUGAAGCUGUGCACUGACCCAGAGACCCUCAAGGCACGGACCGAGGGCCUCGCCGAGAUCAUCAGGCAUGUCAUGUUCGGGUACUUCAGCCAGAGGACCGGCCUCCUCGUCCACAUCGAGGACUCACACCUGACGCGGAUUCAGUCAACAACCGGCGGGGAUGCGGUCUACUGGGAGACCACCAUCAACUCAUUCAUCGAGGACUACCGGCCGGUGGAUGGCAUCAUGAUUGCGCACUCGGGGCGCUCGGCCGUGACCCUGUUCCGCUUCGGCGAGGUGGCCAUGAGCCACACCAAGACUCGGAUGGAGGAGGCGUGGAGCAUCGAGGAGGUUGCGUUCAAUGUCCCUGGCCUGUCCAUGGACUGCUUCAUCCCACCCACCGACAUCAAGUCUGGAUCUGUUAGUGAGACCGUCGAGCUCCCUCAUGGUGGUGAGAAGAGCAAGUUCGGUCCUCCCCCUGGUCACCGCGCCAAAGUUGCUGCGCUGGAGAAGACGGAUGGUGGCGAGCUAGCAUGGAGGGGAGCCCAUACCUGAAAAUCACAAAUCAUACUUGCUUCUUUUCAUUGCAACUGACUGAUGAGUAGUGUAGAGAGAAAGAGGUCGACAGAGGAUUUCGAUUUUGGAAAUUCCAAAUGACCUCUGUGUACAGGAAGGAAGGAAGCAGCAUGAGGCAUUCACAUGGUGCGAAGAAUCGUUUCUAAUCUCUUCAAGGGGGAGCGGCAGUAGGUAACCCUGUUUGCUAUUUCAGGCUUUUUUGUCAGUAUCAUGUGGAAGACUUGGUGCGUUCCCCAUUCCAACAACUCUACCUGAGAAAGCUCAUCGUGGUGGCGCUGUUUGCUCCCCUUUAGCAAAUACUAAUUGGUCAGUGACACUACAUCCAAUUGGCUGCUCAGUUUGCUAAUUGCUAUGCUUGGUGAUGGUUCCUGGUGAAGCUAACCAUGUCAGAGGAGCGCAACCUCUUAGGUUUUCCAUAGUUCUUCCUUCCUUCGCAUCUCAUCUCUUAUUUUUCCUGAGAUGAAGGUUGUUGUACUCAUUGACAGAAGCUUUGCUUGUUUCCUUGUAAUCCAAAACAUCUAAUGAGUGAAGUGUCUUGUGAUGUCCCUGUUUUUGCA